UUUUUAUACCUUUUAGGAAUAAAGUUUGAAUUUUUCCAAAUUUUUAGCCAGUUAAAAAUGCUUUCCCUUCCAACUGAAGUUCAGCUUGAUGUAUUAAAAUGUCUAAACUUCAAUCAAUUAUUCAAUAUUAAACAAACAAAUUUUUACUUUCGCAAUUUGAUUAAUAAAUACGAGGGAGAAUUGGCACUGGUGAAAUUCAUGAGAUUUUCAAUAAUCGGUGUAAGCACUAUCAAACAAAAGUUUAAAGGAUUAAAAAUUAUUAAACCUAAUUCAGAAUCUGUUAAAUAUAAAUUGAGUGAUCGAUUGAAGGUUAAAUGGUGCAAGUGCUUUGGCAGACAAUGAAAGAUAAAUCCAUUUUACCUUAUUUACGUACGGGACGGACUAGGAUUUUACUUAGCAGGACAGAACAUUUUGCUAAACCUGACAAAGAAUUUGCUAUUUAUUUGAAGAAAACAGGGAACUACAAAACUCAUUAUAUUCUAAUAUUGC